AUGACAGGCUUUGGUGCGGUUAGCCGAAGAUUGGACAACAGCGCGCAAUUUUCGCGGAUUGUCGAUCAAAACUUCCUGGGCGAGAAGAGAGUCCGCCGUGUCGUCUGCCAGCCAGGUGUCGAUAUUAUUGUCUCCCCCAACGUCAAGGAUGAGCUACAACUUUCCGGAAACUCGCUGGAGGGCGUUUCACAGAGUGCUGCCGAUAUCCAACAAAUUUGCCGGGUCAGGAAUAAGGAUAUCCGAAAAUUCUUGGAUGGUGUGUACGUUUCGGAGAAGGGCAAUAUCACUGAGGAGUAG